AAGGGCUGUGAUGAUGAGAGUGUGUGUGUUGCUGCUGCUGCAGAGUGAGUGCAUGUGAAAAAGGUGCUGCCCAUCAGCAGAAAAAAAAAAGGUGAAGGAAAAGAAAAGUGGGGAAGAGUGAGGAUAUAUAAGACCAAGAAUAUAAGAUGGCAGUGACUAAGAGGCCCAUUGGCAACCUUGACACAGCUGCACAAGUACAGCAGCAAGACCAGCAGCAGCAGCAGCAAAAGAGUGAGAAAAGGCGCCUGUUUCGCCAAACUGAUGAACACUGGAUCUGCUUCAACACCUUGGAGGUCAACAAGAACCUGUUGCCUCUCAAGUUCAUGAUGUUCUGCUUCUAUGGAGCAAUGGCUGCUUUACUGCCAUACCUCACUAUCCACAUGCAGGCCCUGGGACUCACUAUUGAGGAGAUUGCUGUCAUCUAUGCAGUGCUGCCAUUCACUUCAUUCCUUGGGGCUCCAAUCACAGGAUUCAUUGCAGACAAGUUUGGCAACUACAGAGCAGUGCUGGCUCUGUGCAUAGCAUCAACAGCUCUUUUCCACACAGCUCUUCUCCUUGUGCCCAGGAGGGACUUUUCAAUGGCUGCCUCAUCUACAUCACCGUUGUCAGCUGGAUCUUUUCAUUGUUUGCCUGAAGGAACCAAGGGAUUAUUGACUCUGGAUGCCAAUAAUAACAAUUCCUAUUGCACAUCAGAGUCUCUUGAUAAAAUCUGCUGGCCAUCAUCACCAGGACAAGAAUGCCUGUCAAUCAGUAACAUCAGUGAUGCACAACUGCUGCUCUCAUUCCAAAUGCCAAUAUCAAAAGAAGAAUCCAGCACCAAUGCCACUCUGACAGUGAACAACAAACCAUUUGAACUCAAGAGUCAAAUGCUGAGGGAUGACCAGGGAAAUUAUGCAUCAGACAUAGAUGGAGCCACUUGUGACUGUGACACACACUGUACAGUUGUGCUGGAAAAGGGUUGUGAGCACCACCAGCACAUGAUGAUGAUGGCUGCUGCAACCUUGAAUGGCAAAGGUGACAAGAUUUCUGUCACCUUUUGGUCCUACUUCCUUCUCAGGGUUUUGGGCACCUUGUUCAUGGGUGCUGCCUUUUCCCUUUUGGAUGCCACUGCUUUGGCCAUUGUUGCCAAACAUGGGAAGGAAUAUGGGAAGCAGAGAGUGUGGGCCAUAGUGGCCAUGGCAGUGCUGAGUCCCAUCACAGGAGUGCUGGUGGAUGCAGCCAUGUCUGCCAAGCAUCAAGAUGGUGCUGGUGGUGACAAUGAUAAGGCAUCUGGAUUUGCAGCUUCCUUCUACAUGUGUGAUGCCAUGUCUGCACUGAACCUAAUUGGGCUCUUCUUGUUGGACUUCCAAGUUGAAGCUGGGGAUGAGGAUGAUAACACAAGUGGUGUCAAACAGACCCAUUUUCAGAAAUUGCGCAGGAUCCUGGGAGUGGUGGAGGCUGCAGUGUUUUUGUUCAUGAUGCUGAUCCUGGGGGCAGUGUGGGGUUUCAUAGAGGUUUUGGGCACCUUGUUCAUGGGUGCUGCCUUUUCCCUUUUGGAUGCCACUGCUUUGGCCAUUGUUGCCAAACAUGGGAAGGAAUAUGGGAAGCAGAGAGUGUGGGCCAUAGUGGCCAUGGCAGUGCUGAGUCCCAUCACAGGAGUGCUGGUGGAUGCAGCCAUGUCUGCCAAGCAUCAAGAUGGUGCUGGUGGUGACAAUGAUAAGGCAUCUGGAUUUGCAGCUUCCUUCUACAUGUGUGAUGCCAUGUCUGCACUGAACUUAAUUGGGCUCUUCUUGUUGGACUUCCAAGUUGAAGCUGGGGAUGAGGAUGAUAACACAAGUGGUGUCAAACAGACCCAUUUUCAGAAAUUGCGCAGGAUCCUGGGAGUGGUUGAGGCUGCAGUGUUUUUGUUCAUGAUGCUGAUCCUGGGGGCAGUGUGGGGUUUCAUAGAGUCCUACCUUUUUGUGUACCUGGUCCAGGAACUGGGGGCACCCAACUACUUGCUGGGCAUGACCCUAACAGUAGGCAGUCUGGUGGGCAUCCCUUUCCUGUAUGGGGCAGAGAAAGUGGUGGCAGUGCUGGGAGGCAGGGUGCAUGUGAUUGUCCUGGCCUUUCUGGUCUACUGUGCCAGAAGUGUGGGCUACUCUUACAUACCCAAUGCCUGGUGGUGUUUCCCCUUUGAGGCCAUGGAAGCAUUCACUUACCACCUCAUGUGGGUGGCUGCUGCCACUUAUGUCCCAGUCCUGGCACCUGCAGGGUUGCUGGCUACCAUGACUGGCAUCAUGGCCUCUAUGCACUUCAGUGUGGGUAAGGGACUUGGUAGCUUUGUUGGAGGCUACACGAUCUCAGCUGUGGGCAUGCGGCAAACCUUCCGUGCAGCCGGUAUCUUGUCAGCCAUUGUGGGCCUCCUCUACCUGGCCCUGCAGCACCUCUACCUGAAGCAGCGCAUUGCCAAAAGACUGGAAAAGCAGGGCUCCAUUCUGCAACCAGUGAGGACAACAGAGGAUGUGCUGGCAUCAUCAGAAGUGGCAGAGGAGAUGAUGACAGCCCCUGUCAUCAUUGAUGAUGAGUUUGUGGGAAGAGUGGCCUAUGCUCCACAUCAUCAUCAUCAGCAGGAGCAAGAUGAAGAAAAUCAGCAGCAUCAAAAUGAUGAUACACACAACAACAAGCAAAAUUCACAAAAUGAAUGAGAAUCAAAAAGAUUUCAAAUGAUGGCAAAUAAUGCUGCUGCUGCUGCUGGGAAUUGAGUGUUCCUCAUUCUUCUUGCAUAAUUUUUAGAGCAAUAAUCACAUGGAUCUUUCAUAUCCAUGCACUUUUGAGGCCUCUGUAUAAAAAUAAUUGCUGAGGAUGAAAAGUCACAAAGCUGUGCAGAACGAUUUCAGGAACAUCCUCUUACAGGGAAGAAAGAGAUUUUUUAUUUGGGGACAGGAUAUCUUCUGCAGUCUAUUUUUUUUAUGGCUGAUGAAAAAAGUCUUCCAUUUUUUAGUUCAGCUCUGCUGUAUGUUGCUGGAUCUGCUGUGCUUUUGUGCAAAUGGUGGCCUUCAUAUUCUUUUGACUUUUGGAACUAUGAGAUUGAAAUAAACAACACGGAUAUUUA